AUGCUAUUGAGAGGCUCAGCAGGAUUCAUGCUGUUCUUGCUCUCUCAAUGCACUGUGUCUCUGGGCACCAAAGAGCCAGUGGUCCUGGCUAAUGCCCACCUUCUCCCCCAAAGAGACUAUGAGAGACUGGGAAACGCCAAUGAAAAAGACUAUCCAAGGGAUUGUUUUGAGAUUUUACAGCACUCCAAAGGAAAUUCCAGAGAUGGCCUUUACAUCAUCCAACCAAAAGAGGAACCAAUUGUUGUUUUUUGUAACAUGCAGGACGGUGGCUGGACAGUGAUCCAGCACAUUACAGCCAACAGUACUGUUGACUUUGACAGAACCUGGCAGGACUAUAAAUAUGGAUUUGGCUCUGUUCAUGAGAACCACUGGUUAGGAAAUGAAUACAUGCAUCAGUUAACUGGCAGCUCAGUGCAAUAUGUACUUGGAGUUAAACUUGUAAAUCUAAAUGCUGAAGUCAAAUGGGGACAGUAUGAGCCAUUCCUGAUUGAGGGGGAAGAGUCUCAAUACCGAAUCAGGGUUGGUCUUUACAAAGGCAACGCCACUGAUGCGCUGACCCUGGACACGGAAGCUUAUCUCCAUGACAACCAGAAGUUCACCACCAAGGACAGAGACAAUGACAAUUACUUUAUGAAUUGUGCUAAGCUGGAACUCAAUGGUAUACCUGGGGGAGGCUGGUGGUAUGAUGCAUGUGCUGGAGCAAAUCUAAACCGCAGGAAUGUGAUAUACUGGCAAAAAGACUGCAACAAGCAACGCCCGUGCAAGUUUUCAUGGAUGAUGAUCAAACCCAUCAAGCACCACCAGUCAUACCUUACCAAGGCCUGCCCCUGUCAGAAAGUUGAACUGUAG